AGCGUCGUGAUCGUGAUUUUUUCGAGCCAGGAUGCUAAUUAAGAUGGUACCGUUGGUUUUGGGGCUGCUGUUAGCUGCCUCUAUCGCCGUCGUCGCUGAGGGCGAUGGGCCGGAUUUCAGCUUCGGUGAUGUUGACUUUUCCGUGGAGUACUUCAAAGCGGCUUACAAUGCAUCGAGCAAUUGUGUGGUUUCGCCAUUAUCGGUGAGGUUGGCUCUAGCGGCCUUUUAUCAGGUGGCCGGUGCUGACGUUGAGGAAACGCUGCAACGGGCUUUCUAUUUACCGUUGGAGAAAUCGGUUGCCAGCAAUAAUGCGGCUGGAUUUCUGGACGAGGUCGCCAGCAAUCAGCAGCUGCAGGUUGCUUUCAAAACGCUGAAAAAUCAAGAUCCUUUGUCGGAUGAGUUUGCGAGUACGUUGCAGAAAGUGUUCAAGACUACGGCGGAGACUGUGAAAUUUGAAAAUAAGGCGUCGGUAGUGAGCACCGUAAAUCGAUGGGCCAAUGAAGUUACCAAUGGACGAAUCCAGAACUUUCUGAAUGACAAGGACUUGGACAGUACCACUGAACUGAUCUUGCUGAAUGCAGUCGCGCUGAAGGCCUCGUGGGCAGAGAAGUUUUCCACUUCGAAAACAGAUCGUCAAACGUUUGCUUUCCUCGAAGGUCCUCGUCAAGUUGACAUGAUGCACGAAACACUGGAGGUCCUGUACAAGAUCGAUAAUGCAUACCAUACGAUUCAAAUUCCCUACAGUGAAGACAGUGACCUCUCGAUGUGGAUUCUAGUUCCGCGAGGUCCUUCGGGAAGCUUCGAAGGCCUGAUGAGUUCGCUGUCUUCGGACCUGCUGGAUGACAUCGAAACGACCGCAAUGCCAAAGGUCGUGGAUGUUUCCUUACCCCGGUUCCAAAUUCAAACCAACCAGGAAGCCAAGCACAUCAUCGAACGCAUGGGCUACGGUGAGCUCUUCACGCAGAACGAUUUCAAUGUCUUCAAAGGGCGUAAAUCACGACUGAGCGAUCUUCGGCAGAGCACGUUUCUGACGGUGGACGAAGAAGGCACCGAAGCUGCUGCAGUUUCAUCUGUCGCGACGAAAUUCCGCUCGAAGAACAUCCAGUUCAACGUUAAUCAACCGUUUGUUUUCAUCAUCAAGAAGAUCUCGACCGAUACGACUGUUUUCAUCGGGCACUACUCCAACUAUCAGUAAGUUAAUUAACUGUAAUUGAACGAAAUAAAAGACGAAUUUUAUUUUGAAAAAAA